AAAGUAUCAGAGUGAGGGAGAGGAGUUUCUGUGCCACGCAAGGCAGCACAACGCCGGCUACUAGGAAGGAGAGCGUUAUAUCAAUGAGUUACUAGUUUGUAACUUCCUCACAGUUAGUUUAUCACAGAUAGGAAGUUCUUCUCGCCGAUGUGGAUUACUCUAAGGUGACCCCCACCAGGACCCUUAAUUGGAUAUUAACGUGCGUGCUGAAAGCGAUGGUGGCUUACGAUGAACUGGGAACCUUGGUGCCUAUCAAACGGACUCUCCAGGUGAUAGACCUCCAGAACCAGGCCAACAAAGAACUAGAGGAGCCCAGCACCAAGCGGGUGCGUCCGCUCGGCAGGGUGACGUCGCUAGCCAACUUCAUCUCGCCCGUCAGGACCGGGGCGGUGCGACGCUUCGGACAGACCAUCCAGGCCUCAUUCCGGGGCGAUGGUAAGACUCCGGUCGCCGCCCAGAAGCCCUGCAGCAAGGCAGCGGCGCCCACGCCCCCCAAGCGGCGCAACAGCACCCUGUGGUCGGAGACGCUGGACGUGCACCAGAUGGGCGCCUUCUCCACCCAGGAGAUCAAGAGACAAGAGGCCAUAUUUGAGCUGUCACGCGGAGAGCAGGACCUGAUUGAAGACCUCCAGCUCGCACGCAAGGCGUACCACGACCCGAUGCUGAAGCUGUCCAUCAUGUGCGAGGAGGAGCUGACCCAGAUCUUCGGUAACCUGGACGCCUACAUCCCCCUGCACCAGGAGCUGCUGGCACGCCUCUCAGAGGCCACGGGCCCAGACGGCACCGUGGGCCAGGUCGGCCGCAUCGUGGUCAGCUGGCUGCCCAGGCUGAACGCCUACAGAGACUACUGCAGCAACCAGCUGGCGGCCAAGGCCCUGCUGGACCAGAAGAAGCAGGACCCGCGCGUGCAGGACUUCCUCCAGCGCUGCAUCGAGUCGCCCUUCAGCAGGAAGCUGGACCUCUGGAGCUUCCUGGACAUCCCGCGCUCGCGGCUGGUCAAGUACCCCCUCCUGCUGCGGGAGAUCCUGAGACACACCCCCGCCGGGCACCCGGACACCGGCAGCCUGGAGCAGGCGAUCACCAUCAUCCAGGGCGUCCUGUCCGACAUCAACACCAAGAAGGGCGAGUCCGAGUGCCGCUACUACAUCGACAAGCUGGACUACCUGGACGAGCGGCAGCGCGACCCCGUCAUCGACCAGUGCACCAGCCUGCUCUGCCACGGCGAGCUGCGCAACAAGAGCGGAACGAAGCUGCACGUGUUCCUGUUCACCGAGCUGCUGGUGCUGACGCGGCCCGUGAGCCGCGACGGGCGCCAGUGCUACCAGGUGUACCGGCAGCCCAUCCCCGUCCGGGACCUGGUGCUGGAGGACCUGCAGGACGGGGACGUCCGCAUGGGCGGCUCCUUCAGGGGCGCCUUCAGCAACGCAGACAAAGCCAAGAACAUCUUCCGGGUGCGCUUCCAGGAGCCGGGCGCGGGCCAGUCCCACACGCUGCAGGUCAACGACGUCUUCCACAAGCAGCAGUGGCUCAACUGCCUGCGCAGCGCCAUCUCCGUCCACCGCCCGCUGCCCGAGCCCGCCGCCGCCGCCCCCGCCACCGCCCCCGCCACCGCCGCCGCCGCCCCCUCCACCCCAAUCCCGGACGUCCGCUCCAAGCGCCGGCCCUCCUCCGCCUCCGCCAUCGUCCACAUGGAGGAGGUCGACGAGAACGCCGCCACCGCCGCCACCCCCCGCUCCCAGUCGGCGCCGUGCUCGCCCUGCGGCAGCGAGACCCCCACCCCGGGCCUCCCCUCCUCCUCCUCCUCCUCCCCCUCCUCCUCCUCCUCCGCCCCCUCCUCCCCCUCCUCCUCCGCCACCUCCUCCCCGUCCACGUCUCCGUCCUCCACCCUGUCCUCCUCCUCCACCUCCCCCCUGGCCUCCCCCACGCCGAGGAAAGGCAAGAAGGACAAGCGGUCUCUGUGCUCGUUAGGGAAGAGGAAGGAGACCAUGGUGUGAGACACCCCCCCUCCGUAGAGGAGGAGGACAACACAGGACCCCUGGACGCUUGGGUCACUCUAGGCCUGUACGUGGAAGCGUAGUGGGCACUUAAACCCCAAGGUGGAGGACUUCUGGCGGGCGGGCUCGAGGUUCGGGGCACCUGGCCACAUGCCGGGGACCACCCCCCCCCCCCACCCCCACCCCGUCCGUCCGUAUUUAUGUUUUGUGGCGGCGAGUGUGUUGGCACCGCAGUGUUGUGUGUCCACCUAGGCAGCUAUUGGAGAGACAGCCCCCCCACCGGGGCGGUCCUCUUCCUGGGUGUAGACCCCCAGGGUGCAGUAUUCAGAGGAGACCCCCUGAGGAGGGGUUGUUACAGGGGGGGGGGGGGGGGUGGGACUCCUACGGCGAGCUUCCCGCUUUGUUUACUGUUGUUUGUUAUUUAAGCAUUAUUUUUAUUUAGCGUCGCAGCGUCUCUUCUUCGAAGCGGAGGGAUGUCGGGGACUGAUUUAAUAUUAAUCUGUAUUUACUGUAGCUCUUUGUUGUUCGUCAGAGGCAGCACUGUCUGUUGAUUGUAGCCAAAGUUAUUUGAAACUUUCAGUGAUGAGGGAUGGGCGACAUGAGGACAAAUAUACCAAGCGAUCAGUUCUUUUUUUUUAUUACCAACACAUUAUUUUUUAUUUUGGUACAAAUGACAAAAAAUGAUUAUACGUUUUCUUGGUGAACAAGUCUUAUUUUUGUACAUUCCUUUUACAAACAGAUGUUAACAACCGGGCAAUUAUUUUUUAACUGCGUUCACUGCAGCCAGAGACAUUGUAAUAUAAAGAUAAUUCACCUUAUAACUGCGUUGCUACGAGAGUAGCCACCACGGCGGAAACGGUUCCAUGUUGGAGAACCGGAUUUGGGGGGAGAGGUUUAAAUGUACUUUAAAAACCAAACCCUACAACUUUAUAACCUGAACCAUGUUGGUUUACCAAGCGAACGGAUCCGGAGACGGAUCUGUUGCUGCCGGCUCGCUCGGGAGCAGAGCGAGAACGGAGCGAGAAACGGACUAAACGUUCCCGGAACGUUGGGAAAGAAGAAGAAAAAGAGAAGGUUUUCGGAAGAUUUGAGAGAGAUGGGAAUAGGAAAGAAACAGAGGAAGUUGGAAAAGUGUAGAAGGAAUUGUUGGCCGGUAACGGUCAGAGAGAGAUGUUUGGAUCGGUGACUCUGUGAUUCUGUGUGUCGCGACAACUUUGGAGACUUUCCAUCGUGUCGUAGCGCCAAGUGAUAUGGAUCAAUAGAUCUUGGCCCGCAGAGCACCGGUGAAACAUUGGGUUGGUUCAGAGGGAGACAGUAUGUUGGGGAAGGGAGAGGAUUAAGAGGAUUCUGGAUGUGAUGAGUUGAAUGUAAAGAACUGCAUAAAAAAAAAAACACAACAUGGGGGCGAGAGAGCCCGCAUGGAAGUGGUGUAAAUGAAUAAUUAAAGAACAAUAAAGAUCUGUGUAAGAUUUACAUCAAA